ACCAGCCAUAGUCACAUAUCAGUUGAAUUUCCCCACCCACAUGGGACUACCUUGCGAUUUUGAACUUCGUAAACAAAUCCACCUGGUAACGAACGGAAGACUCGGGCGCGAUCAACAGCAACAGGAAUCCGGUUUGAUCACUUUUUUUGGCGGCCACAGUGAUGAUGACGAUGAAAAUUCUACCGGAUUAGAACCGGCCUGCAGUUGUUGAUUAGUGCUGCGUCUGGCCGAGCCACGGUCAGUAGAGUUCUAGCGGGCCAGGCGAGUAGGUCGGAUUUCGAAAAUUUGUAAUUAAUUAUUCUGUGAGAGGAGACCUGUUGUGAUAGCAGCAGCCGGUGUAAGCAGCGAUAAGGAGCGAUGCCCGAGUAUAAGUACCUCUCCGGUUUCGGUUCCCACUUCGCGUCGGAGGAUUCUCGCUGUCCUAAUGCUCUGCCCGAAGGUCAGAACUCACCACAAAAAUGUGCAUAUGGACUGUACGCAGAGCAACUCUCCGGCAGUGCCUUUACUGCUCCCCGAACUGAAAAUACUCGCAGUUGGUUGUACAGAAUUCGACCAUCUGUCGUACAUCCGCCCUUCGAACGGUACAAUGUGGUCCCAUUUCUGAAAGGAAAUUGGGACGAACAGCAUCCCAAUCCGAACCAAAUGCGCUGGAACCCGUUUGAUGUCCCCACAAGCAAUGAGAAACCUGUGGAUUUCGUAGCUGGGCUGCACACAGUUUGCGGCGCUGGAGAUGUUCGCAGUCGACACGGUUUGGCGAUUCACGUAUUUCUGUGCAACACGUCGAUGUUGGAUUCGGCAUUCUACAAUAGCGAUGGAGACUUGUUGAUUGUUCCUCAGCAAGGAUCUCUAGACAUCACUACGGAAUUUGGAAAAAUGUUCGUGCAGCCGAAUGAAAUCUGCGUAAUUCCGCAAGGAAUUCGCUUCAGCGUAGCUGUUGAAGGUGCAACCCGUGGCUACAUUCUGGAGGUCUACGAUGGUCACUUCAGGCUGCCUGAUUUGGGGCCGAUCGGCGCCAAUGGACUUGCCAAUCAGCGAGAUUUCCUUUCACCGACGGCUUGGUACGAAGAUCGAACUGUUCGUGGAUUCAAGAUGAUAUCAAAAUACCAAGGCGCAUUAUUUGUGGCCAGUCAGAACCAUUCACCAUUUGAUGUUGUGGCGUGGCACGGUAAUUACGUACCGUACAAGUAUGAUCUAGCCAAAUUUAUGGUCAUCAACUCGGUCAGCUUCGAUCACUGCGAUCCGAGUAUUUUCACGGUACUCACUUGUCCCAGCACCCGGUACGGAACGGCGAUUGCCGAUUUUGUCAUUUUUCCUCCGAGAUGGUCCGUACAGGAGCACACAUUCCGGCCACCCUACUAUCAUCGCAAUUGCAUGAGCGAAUUCAUGGGUUUGAUUCUCGGCCGGUACGAGGCAAAGGAGGGCGGCUUUCUACCAGGCGGUGCCUCGCUGCAUUCCAUGAUGACCCCACAUGGACCGGACCGACAGUGCUUCGACGGGGCAACGAACGUCGUGCUGAAACCGGAACGAAUUGCGGACGGAACGCAGGCUUUCAUGUUCGAAUCUUCCCUCAGCAUGGCCGUUACCAAGUGGGGCGAGGAAACGUGCAGGAAACUGGACGCCAAGUACUACGAGUGUUGGCAAGCGCUGGAGAAGAACUUCAAGAUUUAAUCAAUUGAAUCGGGAUUUUCGAAGGCAACUAAGAAUAGCGCAAGACGAGACAUUCAUAAGGACAUUAAUGGAAUUAAAUUCUCUGUCUCACUUUA